GUCAAGUAUUAUAUCAUAAAUGUCACCAGCGGCACGGCACAUUGCUUGACUGAUAUUGUCUUUUAAUUUUAUGUAAUAAAUUUAAUUAAUUAUUAGCCUUAAAUCACCUUCUUAUUACAGUACAAAGUCUCAAGUGUACCUUGUUUAAAAACCGUGUACUUGAAUGUUUAUGUCCUUGAAUCUGACAUUAACCUUUAAAAAAACAUAAUGAUUCGUUUUAGUCAUAAUUUUGUGUAAUAAGUGUUGAAUUAUUUUAAGUUGCGACUCAUUUGUCUUUUCCUAAUAAUAAUUAAGGUUAAAGAGAAACCAGAGCUGUGAAAACCCACCAAAAAUGCUGAACAAUAGUAUUAAAAUGUACAAAAUAACUAAACUACAAAACCUUAUACAGAGAACAAUAUCGUUAAACGCCAAACGAAAAUUCAGUGUUCCACUAACUUACUCAUGUAUCUGUGGUCAAAUAUAUUUAAAAAAUACAAAUCACAGAUACGAAAUUACCAGAGUUCAUUCAACUCAAAGUGACCAGCAUAGACAAAAAGUUGUCAUAGAGACCACCACGCCAAAGAUUGUCUAUGACAAGUUGCAAGAAAAGGUUUUACCUGACCAUAGACAUAUAGAUGUUGGGCCCGGAUUUUGGAAAGAUAAGGUUGAUCCAUAUUUAAAGUUGGCAAGAUGGGACAAACCUAUUGGUAUAUACCUUCUCUACUGGCCCUGUGCCUGGUCGAUAGCCAUGGCUUCAGUUCCCGGGACGGUGCCGCUCCAAACGUCCCUGCAAACUGCUGGCCUGUUCCUCGUUGGUGCUGGUCUUAUGAGGGGGGCGGGAUGCACCAUCAACGAUAUGUGGGAUCGAGAUGUUGAUGCUAAGGUAGAAAGAACAAAGACUCGUCCCUUAGUUACGGGGGCGGUAUCUGAGACGCAAGCCGUAGUGUUCCUAGCAGUACAGCUUAGCUUAGCACUGGCUGUGUUAUUACAAUUGAAUUGUUACAGCAUUGUGCUUGGAGCUAGCAGUAUGCUCCUAGUCGUAACGUAUCCAUUAGCGAAACGUUACACGAACUACCCUCAAAUAUUUUUGGGCGCGACUUUCAAUUGGGGUGCUCUACUUGGGUACAGCGCUAUUCAGGGUGAUCUCAACCUUGCGAUUUGCGGCCCCCUGUAUAUAGGGGCCUUGGCCUGGACUAUAGUCUAUGAUACUAUCUAUGCUCACCAGGAUAAAGAAGAUGAUUUGAAAGUUGGUGUCAAAUCAACGGCUUUAACGUUUGGCGCGAACACUCGCCCGGCUUUGUCUGUCUGUCUGGGCGUCAGCGCACUUAGUCUCUCUUUGGCGGGACAAGCUGCUGACCUUGGAAUGCCGUACCAACUCGCCGUAUUAGCUUAUAUAGCUCAUGCAGCUCAACAGAUUUACACCCUGGACAUGGAAAAUCCCGAAGAUUGUGCAUCGAAAUUCAAAUCCAAUGCUUCAGUUGGUGCAAUCAUCCUAAUGGGCAUAUUAGCCGGCGGAUACAAGAAAUACAUGAAUAACAUAGCCGAAGGAAAAAAUAUACAAGACACCGCCAAAAGCUGUUUAUUCAGCUAAGAAAAUCCCAAGUGGUACUUUUAGUGCCACUUCAGAUAUGUGUGUAAAAUUGGUAAAG